AUGGUAGAGGAAAUCAUUAAUCCUAGCAAUAAACCGAAAAACAAAACAGCUAGACCUCGUCCGGUAUACUUGUGGAAUGUAUUAGACGUGCAAAAGUGGUUGAGGCGACAUUGCAGUGAUUAUUAUCAGCUAUAUCACGAAAAGUUUCUACAUCAUGACAUUACAGGAAGGGUAUUGUUAAGAAUAAACGAAAAUAUUUUGCUGCGGCUCGGUGUUGAUAAUGAGCAGCACAGGAUGGACAUAUGGAGGGAAAUUAUGAAACUGCAUCUCAAAACAGACAUGCUAGAAAUUAGGGAUAUAGAGCGACGCAAUAAUAUGAACUUUGACUAA